CCUAAAUUGAACCACUCUUCCGCUGAUUAGGGUUUCGUUACCGAGUCCGCCGGAAUCUGAGAUGGCUGAUGAGAAGGAAAAGAAGAAGAAGAGUGAAAUUAGGGUUGAUUCUGGAGGAACCGUUGAAGAAAUAUUUCCAGAGCAGGUUUCUAUGAUGAAGGAGAAGAAAAGGAAGAAGAAAAAAACCCGAGAGAGGGAGAUUGCUGAGCGUGAUAGUGAGGAAUUGGGUGAGGAAGCUCUUGUUAGGAAGAAGAAAUCGAAAAAGCAAUUGAUUGAUUCUGUAGCUGAGGAUGGUGUGAAGAAGAAGAAGAAGAAGAAGGGUAAGAGAGAAUCUGGGAGUAAUGUGGUAGGAAACAGUGAAAGCCCCAAAGUUUGUGAGAAACCACUCGUGCGAAGUGAUAAGAGAAAGCGGGAGGACUGCGAUUUGGGAGAUGAAGAAUACAAAGACAAGGAGAUGAAGAGGAAGAGCAAGAAGAGGAAACCAAGUGUUGAUUCAGCGGUUGAGAAAACCAGCUUGAACUCUACUAAUCGCGCCAAGAGAAAAAUCAAGGAGAAAAAGACAAGCGUUGAUCCAGAGGUUGAAGAAGAUAACGAGGACUCCACGAAACAUGCAAAGAAGGAGAAGCAAGAAAUUGUGGAUUCUGAAGUUGAAGAUAACAACUUGAUGAGCUCUACAAAGGAUGCAAGAAAGAAAAGUAAGGAGAAAAAACCAAGUGAGGAUUCAGAGCUUGAGGAAGACAACAAGGACUCUAAGAAAGGCGCAAAGAAGAUACAAAAUGUGGAUUCAGAGGCCGAAGAAAUCGACUUGAACUCGGCGAAAGAUGCAAAGAAGAAAAAGAAGAAGAACAAGCAAAGUGAAGUUUCAGAGGCUGAGAGAAACAACAAUGACAGUAAAGAUGCAAAGAAGAAAAGGAAGAAGAAGCAAGAGUGUUGUCCGAGUGAUAAAGAAGUGACGACCCCAUCAAAUAAAAGCACAAAAAGGGUGACAUUUUCUGACCAAGUGGAGUUUUUUCCUGCGGAGGAUGAAGAAACGGGAGAUGAGGAAGAAGAAGUUAAGCUGACAAGGGGUAAGCGGUUUACAAAAGAAGAAGAUGAGUUAAUAAAGAAGGCUGUAUUAGAAUACAUUGAUAACCAUGCUUUAGGAGAUGACGGGAUAAACAUGGUUAUGGAAUGCAAGGCACACCCACAACUUAAAGGCUGUUGGAAAGAAAUUGCAUCUGCUUUACCUUGGAGGACACAUGACAGUGUCUAUAAUCGUGCACAUACUAUAUUUGAAGAAGGAUCCAGGGGUGUAUGGACGCAGGAGGAUUUUGAACUUGUCAUAGAGUUUCAAAAGAAACAUGGGAAUGAUUGGAGAACACUUGCAGAUGCGUUAGGUAAACACAGGAAGCAUGUGAAAGACGCUUGGAGGAGAAUAAGAUUGGCAUCAAAGAAUAAAGGUCAUUGGACGAGGCAGGAGUACCAAAAUCUCUUUGAUCUUGUGAACAAAGACAUUAGAAUGAAAGCAUUCCAAGAGAAGCACGCAAAACAUGGUAUGCUCAAAGAUAACAUCCCUUGGAUGGCUAUAAGCGACGUACUUGGAACACGGGACCAUGUGACUUGCUGCAAUAAAUGGUAUGAUCAGCUGACAUCACCAAUGGUAGCAAAAGGAACAUGGGCUAACGUAGAUGACUAUAGACUCUUGGAAGAGCUUUUGAAACUGGAUGCUGCUUGUAUCGACGAUGUGGAUUGGGAUUUUCUUUUGGAGAAUCGAGAUGGAGAAGCUUGUAGAAAACGGUGGAACCAGAUGGUCCUUCAUAUCGGUAUGCCGAAAUCCAAAACAUUUGCAGAACAAGUUGAGAUUUUGUCUGAAAGGUAUCGCCCUGACAUAGCUCAGGACAGAGAUGAUUUUGACAACAGACCCUAUGAUCCUGAAGAUUAAGUUUGGAACCAUACAUUAGAUGUUUUUUUUGGUUUUGAUAAAAUUGAUUUGGUACUUUCUGUGUUCGCCGAUAGAAACUCUGAGAAUGUAAUUGAUUUUAGUAUAUGGUAAUCAGACUAUUAUUUAAAUGCUCAA